AUGAAACCCGCAAUCAUCUCAACGGCAGCACUAUGCCUCCUCCUCUCAACCCUCCCAAGUUUCGUACUCGGUAGCUUCGAAAUGGCCUUCGACAACUACCUCUACGGCGAAGGACGAGCUCCCCAAUACCGAGCAUACGACGACCAAUCCUGUAACCGUAUCCCACCAAUAACCAGCGACCCCAGAAUCGUAAUGUCGAUCGCCAUGCGUUCCACACCUGAGGGACUAGAUACAGGUUAUAACACCCGCCCCCCACCCGCCAUUGCAUUUUAUUUCGAUCCAAACCCAACAGCUCCGGGACCCCAGCACUGUUUGGAUUCACAAUUAGUCAUGGUGGCGAGGUAUUACGGUAUGCCUGACUCCGAGGAGUUUUUUUUCAGCCCCCUGGGGGAGGUCACGCAUUUUAAGGUUGUAGACGAAGGGAAUUAUCCGUGGAGAACGUGGGAUGAGAAUGUUGGGUAUGAGAAUGGAGAUAUUGGAAGGAUUGGGACGGUUAUUUGGGCUACGGGGGAAGGGUGGAGGAGGACUGAUGUUAUGGUUAGAGAUGUGGGGUAUGAUUGGCAGCCUGUUAUUAGGGCUGGUCAGGAUUGGAUUACUUCUGAGGAUCCAGAUUCUGAGAGUUUGGGGGAAGGGGAGGGUAAUGUAGCGCGGGUGGGGGAUAUUUUUAAUGAUGAUGAUGAUGAGGAGAGUUCGGAUUCGGAUACUCUUGCGUUACGAAGGUUACCCCCGAGGCAGCCUUAUAACCCCGCUGUGGAGGAAGAGGAAGAAGAAGAUUCAGUCGGCUUUAGUCCACCACGUGGGUUACGGGCGCCACGACAAAGAGCUAAUGACGAAGAGAAUAUGGGAUAUAAUCCAUCGAUGGAGGAUCAUGAUGGAUAUGCUGGAGUCGAUUUCGAGUUUCCGGAAGAAGAAGCGGCGUUUCAGAAUUAUACCGAGCCUGAUGAGGUGGCUAGACAAGAAAUGUACCACACCCGGAGAAUAUUACAACUAGCGGACCUACAACGAGACCAGCAGAGAAUGGCGAUGAUGGCGCCCGUAACCUUUAACGGUAGAUUAAUGCAAGGCCGAAAUGAUGCGAUCGUUGCUGGGAAUUAUACAGCAAUUCCUGAGAGUCAAAGACAUCGGUCUUAUGGAGAUUUAGUCUCAAACGGGUGGUAUAUCGACCCGGAACAGGAGCUUAGAGCCAGAUGGCAGGAGUACAUGAGAAUUGCGUUUUUGAGGUUCAAAGAACGACAUGGAAUUGCCGCUGGAGCCACGGCUGAACAAUUGACACAGAGGGAAAGAGACUUAUUCGUGGACUUUUUGAGAAGAGAUGGGACUCCGAUGUUCUUUCAGGAUAGUUAUAUGAGACCGAUAAUUAACAGCCACACUCAACAGCAACUGAUCAAUUCCUUCGGUCCGCCACCAGUGCUAGCAUUACCAGAUCAACCGGCUGCAAAUUUACAACCGAAUCCAUUUUUAGGAAUUGAGGAGGAUCUUGAAGAUGCCAUCCAGAACGGCGGGGAAAGGGUAGCCGCUCAGCGUGAACGCGAACGAGUAGCUCAAAACCGACAUAAUAGAAGAAUGGAACAACUACGCCUUCAAAAUGAAAACGCAAACAACCGUGCAAGACAGAUCACCAUGGUACGAGAUCCCAAUUGGGCUAACCAACGACGACGACAACGACAACGACGAAGACGACCACUCCGACGAGACGAUUUGGGAUUCUUAAUCGACAGCGAUGCCGAAGGGUUUGAAAAUUGGGCAGGUGCUAGAUCUAGGAUUAUGAGAAACCAACCGGGUGCUAGAAGGGUUAAUAGAAAUCUACAGCCUGAGAUAGAUGCUUGGGAUGAUUUAGUAGUGGAGGCGGAUGAUGAAUAUGAAGCCGGUUGGAAUAUUCCGGAUUUAGAGCCUCCGCUGCCUAUACCGCAACCUGUUGUUGAGGGGAAUUGGGGGGUUUUGCAGCCUCCGGGUUUUAAUUUUGGCGGGUUUAUACCGCCGGAGCUUUUGGGGCGGCCGCCGAGUCCUUCUACUGAGCCUGGGGAUAACCCUGGGAAUAUGGCAGAGGAAGAGGAAGAGGUUAUUGGUCCUGAUGCGCCGUUGCCGCAGUUUCAGAGGUUUAAUUCUGAACCUUCUAGUUCACAGGAAUAA